UCGAAACUUUUCAAAAAAAUCACUGAAAAAAUUCAUCUUUUUACUUGUUGGAUGGAAGAAUAACCUCUCACGAAAGAGGAUGACGGAUGAUAAUCAUGGUGAAGGAAAUGGUUGGCGGCUGUUGUGUUUGCUCGGAUGAGCGAGGAUGGGAUGAAAAUCCGCUUGUGUACUGCGACGGACAUGGAUGUAGCGUAGCUGUUCAUCAAGCUUGUUACGGCAUUGUUCAAGUACCAAAGGGGCCUUGGUUUUGCCGUAAAUGUGAAUCCCAAGAGCGAAUAGCAAGAGUGAAAUGUGAGCUCUGCCCAAUGAAGGAGGGGGCACUGAAACGAACAGAUACUGGUGGAUGGGCACACGUCAUCUGCGCUUUGUACAUACCGGAAGUGAGAUUUGGUAACGUGAGCACAAUGGAGCCCAUAAUAUUGUCCUCUGUACCUCACGAAAAGUUUCAGAAGACAUGUUAUUUGUGCGAAGAACAUGGUCGAGAAAGCAAGACAUCUGCUGGAGCUUGUAUGCAAUGUAAUAAAGUUGGUUGUAGACAAGCAUUUCACGUUACAUGUGCCCAGGCCGCCAAGCUUCUCUGUGAAGAGCAGCAAGGUGUAUCGGCGAACACUGUAAAAUAUGUUGGAUAUUGUUCAUAUCAUUGGAACAAGAAGGGAAAAGGCGAUAUCGUUCCUAGACCGAACGAAAAGGCCAGGUCAAAGGCGGAAGGGAGAAACCAACCAGUUCAAAAACCAGACAUCACCAAACGUCCUUCGGUUAUCGGCACGAUGAAAUCCAGUGAAACACCUCAGCAGGCGAGUUCGGCCAAACCGAAAAAUCGAAAACCUUCGACGAAAGCAUCAGAUGGCUUCGUAGAAAACUCAUCGGGAAACGAAGGCGCAAGCUUCUCAGAUCCCCAUCAUUACAUGAAAACACAUAAGAUCACGUCGCCUUUGAACACGCCGUCCUCCCGAGAUCACGUGAUCGGUUUUCCCGGCAUGGUGCCUAACCACUUUCCUUUCCCGCAUGGUCAUUCCAAGACGGAGAGUACAGGGCAUACAGUUAACACGAUGGGGAUUUUCCCACCCAAAGGCGAUGCGUUAGCCGAAAACAAAAUGCACAAUGAUGGCUGGCGUGCGCAUCCAAAUCCGCCGUCUGUCGUCGCUGUUAAGAAAACAGACAAACAUCAAGAGACGACAGUGAAUGGAGGAAAGAAUUCGACACACGGUGAAACGAAGAACGGCAGCAAAGGUAGCACUGCCGGAACUAUCAGCAAGAAACGCAAGAGCGCUAAAUCGAGCGGUACUGACGAGGAGGGAAAGAAGAAAACGAAGACUAGCGCAAAUCACGAAAGGAAAAAUUCCUCCAAUUCGUUCGGCUCCGUCGGCAAAGGAAAGAUGCCCGUCUUACCUCCGUCUCCUUUCGUUUCCAAGUCGAUUCCCAUCGUUCGCGAUGUAGAAAUCCCAACAAAGUUAGAAGAUUUCCUCGAGUUUCAAUGGAAACAAGGCGUGGAAUUUCUCAGCCAUCAGCCGGGAUACUUGGACGUUGCUUCGCUUUUAUCUUGUCUUCAUCAAUUAAAACACGACAACGUGAAAUUAGAAGCACGACUUGCCGAACUCGUGAAGCGUCGAGAUCAUUUGCUCUUGGUCAACUCUCGGCUCUCGAAGCCUUUCGAUCAAACGUCGACGACCUCUGGCUCAAAAAAUUCAAAAAAUAACGAGGCAAAUGUGGCCAACAACUUCAAAAGUCCAUUUUUGGCAAGAACAAACCAAAGUGGCCUUGUCGGAAAAUCUACGGAAAACGCCGUAUCUGCUGUUGACGUAUCUAAAGCAGACAAGCACGACGAGUUUUCGAAGCAACCGGAUCCUUCUGUUGCGCAAAAGCAAAACGAGGUUGGUGCUGCAAAGAAAGAGCACCAACGACAAAAACAAUUCUCGGAAAAUUCCUCCUCGAUAAAGGAAAAUCAUCAACAACAUCAACAAGCACCACAGCAAGUCGAAAAGAGAAGUCCUGUGAAGUUGGAUACGCCAGCGUUGAGCGUCGAUGAGAGAAUAUCGAGCCCUUCCCGGGCAGGUAAAGGCUCGGGCGAAGGAAAAAAUGCCGCAGCUUCCAACUCAAGUGGUGCCGGAGAAAAUCCACCGAGCAGGCAGUCGCCAAAAAGUCGAAAAUCACCGCAAAGCGGUGGGGGUGGCAAAAAGUCAAAAGUACAGGAGCAGUUGUAUCAGCAAGAACAUCAGAAAUUGUUGCAACAACAACAACAUCACAUAAAACAACAACAGCUUAACAGACAAAAAUUUCAGCCAGCUCAUUUGUUGCCGCUCAAGCAAGCUAACCAACAGUUCGGACAGCAUUUUGCGCAUCAGAAUUCCCAACUAGCAUUCUUCAAGUUGCCCGGUUACAAUGGGUCCGAGCAACACGCAAUGCACCAGUCCAAACCCGGUCAGAUUACCAGCAGUCCCCAGCAGUUCAAUGGGCAGCCUCUCCCGAGACAGUUUCCUAACUUUGUUCCGUAUAUUGAACCGGCUGGCAUACACAACGUACGUAUGCAGGGAUACAUGCCUCUCUAUCCAGUAGAGAACCCACUAAACAAGGCAGUAGAAGAAAAAAUUGAAAGUUCUGGAGCGGCUAUGGAAAAAACAGACAGAAGAAAUUGAACCAAGGCCCGGGAACAUUGAUAAUUGGGGGGCUAUUGUUCAUAUAUGCAUGUUUUACUUUAUCAGUUUCUAUUGAAAUCAAUAGACACUUAGUAGUCAUGCACGUGAAAACAUUGCAAUAUGGCCACUAGCAAAAGUGAGUUUACUGCUGUUCUUAGUCACGUUUCUGAGUCAAGAAAUUCGACUGAAGGCCAUAAUUCUUUUGAGAACUCUAGCCCGGGUCUUCUAGCUCAGAAAGUCACGGCAAAUCUGCGCCAGACGAUUCGAUAUUUGUUAUUUAAAACGAUUGCCAACUAUUGUUCCGAAAGCCACAAAACCUUCUCAAACUAAACCUCGUCCAACUGAAAAAGGAAGAAGUUGGACGCCUUUUGUUGGAAUUACAAAAUGCUUGAAACCACGCAGAUUGUUUUCUCAAGUAAACUCUCAAUGCAAUUGCAAUGUUUUCAUGCGCAUUACCACUAUAAGACUAUAAUGCAAGUUGUCUAUUGUGUUUACAGAUUAUAACAUAUGAAUAUAUGAAUAUAGCCCCCAAUUACCAAUGUUCCGCCGCCCUUGAAUUAAACAUAGCUCGUGAAUCCUAUGGGAGUGGAGCCCUUGUAUCGCGCAUCCUCUGACUAUUUUGCUGCUCAUUAAUGCGGAUUCUGCAUUCUGUGGUAUCUGCGUUACGAUCUACUGUAGCUAGCCUGCAGACGUAGGUGCUCAACCUAAAUUUCAAAUCGUUUAUUUGUUUUGAAACUGAUUGUCAGAACAGUCAAUGAACACCAAAAAUCCUGCAUGGCCAGAAAAAACGUUUCGCCGGCCACUCUUUUGAAGAUGGUUAUUCAAUGGCCAAUCAUUAGCAGUUUGCUUGGAAAGGGGUAGCUUAAUUAGUUUUGUUGUCCAUGCGAUGAAAUGACGACUUUGUCAUAUAAAACCCGUCGCUUACGUCUUCAUCACAUGAAAUGUUGAUUUUUAACACCAACUUCUUAUAUUUUAUGCAUGAUGAUUUAAUACGAAUGUGUGAUUGUGACUGUGUCUGGGAGUGUUAACAUUGCUUGCAGUAAAUGUUCCAAUAAACGCCUCUUAUCUAAUAAGCA